GUUGGUCAGUUAUCUGGAGCAGCCGUGUCUGAUGACCAUGACCUCAUGUGUGUCGCUCCGCAGGCUCAGCGCUGUCUACGGGAACAGCUACCUGCUGAACUGAAAUCCUGAUGGAGGACAGGCGAGUGGCGGCGGUGCGAUCCGAGGGCGAGGUGAGCACAAACACAGCUUCAUCUUCACACGACCCCGAUGACCAUGAUCUGACUGCGUUCUCGUCCCGAUGAAGGUCUUCCGCUUACUCAACCACCCCGUCAAAAACACCCACGAUGCCAACUCCUGCCAGAUUGUCCUCAACAGGAAGUCAGAUAUCUACGUGUGUUUGCUGUCCUUCACUCGUAAUGUGGCAGCGGAAGGCAAGUACAUUGAUGUGGUCAGCACGAUGGUGGAAACCUGCAACCCGGAGAAGGAGGUCCAGCCCGGCCUGGCCCUGCUGGAGCCCAUCAUGGAGAAGUGAGCAGCAAACAUGACAAAGUUUC